CCACUUCCAGAUUACAUUCUGAGCCGGGCGGUGCUAUAGCUUGAAAGUGGUGAUUGUUAAUUUUUUUUCGGAGGCAGUUGAAAGUGCAACGAAUUGAAAUGAAAGUUGUGAUACUGCUUUUGGGCGCCUUGUGCGCCUUCGUCGCUGGUCAGACGGAUUUCGUGGACGAUCCCGAGGCUGAGCUGCCAUCGUACAUGAGCAUUUGCCGCCGUGACGACCCUGCACUUGGCGAGUGCAUCAAGGAUUCCAUCCAGCGGCUGCUUCCGGAACUGCAUGCCGGCAUUCCCUCGAUUGGCUUCCCCCCGCUGGAACCUUACUCCCAGGAGAGCAGCUACUUCGAGUACAAGAACCAGCAAAUCCACGGCUCGGUGCACAUCAAGAACGGAAAAACUUUCGGCAUGACCCGGGCCCAAAUCCGGGACGUCCGGGCCACCGCCGACGACGACACCUUCCAGCUGGAGGUGGACGUGCGCUUCCCGAAGCUGAUCUCCGAGGGCAAGUUCAAGGGCGAGGGUCGCUUCAACGCCAUCAAGAUCGUCUCCAAGGGAUUCUUCAAUAUCACGUUCACUGAUGUCACCACCACUUGGCAAAUGUCCGGCAAAACCGUCGAACGAAACGGUGAAAAGUACAUGCUGGUGGACAAAUUCGACAUGACUCCGGAGGUCGGUGACAUGAAGGUCUACGCCACUGGACUGUUCCCGGAUCCAGGACUAAACCAAGUCGCGCUGGACUUUGUCAACCAGUACUGGCCGGCCCUGUACAAGGAGAUGCUGCCGGAAACGCGUCGGUCCUGGGAACCGCUGAUGCUCGAUGUGGUCAACAAGAUGUUCAACCGUGUUCCGUACCGAAGGCUGCUGCCGAAGUCGGAAUAAACGCGGUGCAGUGUAGUGCUGUGAUUUGUGGUUUGGCUAUUUUUGAGUUAUGUUAAGGUCAAUAAAAAGAAGGAAAUUGUUU